UCAUGAACCGCACCCUCGCUCUCUCACUCAUAGUCAUCCAUAUUCUGCUGUACGUUCUCGAAAAGAGGAAGCGACACAACCGCACGGUUUCACACUGCAUACAGGUCUUUGAUAAUGGAGAAGGAAUACACCCCCCCUCCUUACUACGGUCCUCAGCCGACCCAGACGGGCGUGAACUACCCCGGACCGCAGGCGCACUACCCUCCUCAAACAGGUCCACACGCUGCACCUUACCAACCACCUCCAUACGGGUUCGGGGCUCCACCCACCAACUUCCAGCCUGUGAUGGUCCCUGUCGUAACGCAGGCGCCGGUUGUGAGUCUCACUGAUGUCCCGAGCCGUAUUAUCUGCCCUCACUGCAUGACGGAGGUCCUCACGGAAAUCGAAUAUUUAAAUGGGUUGAUCACCUGGUUAAUCUGCGGAGUUCUUGGGUUCUUUCUGUGCUGGCUCUGUUGUUGCAUUCCCUUCUGUAUGGACUCGUGCAAGGAUGUGAAACACACCUGUCCAAACUGCAAAAACAUCAUUUGCAUUUACAAACGAAUUUAAUGAGUGAUCGAAGCUGUGUCAUUUGUAUGCUUCACAUGGGAGUUUAACAUUGUGAAAUCCUGUAGAACAGAUGCAUUAUUAAUUACAAUCUCACAGAUGUGUAAAUCAAAAGUUAUGACAGAAAUAUCUAAUGAUUGAAUUACACUGUCUCUGGAGGGAAUUAGCAAACUUCCCAUUGGGCCUGUUUUUGCAAAUUAAUGUUUUUAUAAUAUGUGUAUAUAUAUGUGCAUGAAUAAAAUAAGUUCUAUUUUA